CGACAAUACUUAAAGGACUAUGGAAACUGGAGAUCAGCUCAUAGCUGAUUUGUUUACUACACGGGAAAAGGAGCUUACGGCUGAAGAAACGAAAAAGCUAGAGGAGCAAAACAAACGUCUUGUGCCUGAAUUCAAAGCCAAUAAACUUGAAGUGGACGCCCAACGACACUGGGACAUAUUCUACAAACGAAAUGAAACCCGCUUUUUCAAGGAUCGUCACUGGACGACACGCGAGUUCCAGGAGCUACUUGACCAGAGUGACCUCCGAGAAGCACACCAGAGGCGCACACUUUUAGAGGUUGGAUGCGGGGUGGGUAAUCUGGUGUUUCCACUGCUAGAAGAACAGUCCAGGGCGGAGGGCAAUGAAGAUUCUGUGCCCUGUGGAAGAUUCUACUUUUAUGCCUGCGACUUCUCGCCUCGAGCUGUUGAUUUUGUUCGAGCCAAUCCUCUGUACGAUCCCAGCAACAUUACGGCCUUUCAGUGCGACAUUACCACGCAACAGGUGCAUGAACAGAUCCCUGCUGGCAGCCUGGAUGUGUGCACCAUGAUCUUUGUGCUGUCUGCAAUUCAUCCGCACAAGUUUAAAGAUGUGGUUCAGAACCUGUGGCGACUUCUGAAACCAGGUGGAUUAGUUCUGUUCAGGGACUACGGGCUGUACGACAUGGCCCAGCUGCGCUUCAAGCCAGGAAACAAAAUCGCAGAGAAUCUUUACGUGCGUCAGGAUGGCACACGGAGCUACUACUUUGCCGAGCAAGAGGUGGCUCAGCUGUUCACGGAGAGCGGCUUUGAUGUUCUAACCAAUGCGUACGUGCAUCGCCGAACUCUAAAUGUCAAGGAGGGCGUCGACGUGCCGCGCAUCUUUCUACAGGGAAAGUUCAGGAAAAAACAUCUGUGACCCCCACUGUUACGUAUAUAGUUUUCGAUUUUAUUUUAAAUCAAUAACAUGGUUCAAGUCAACGUUCAAUAAAUAUUUGUAUGCAUGUACAUAUGUAUAUUGUA